AUGGACGAAGUUAAGGAAAUGUGCGCAGAUAUAAUGAAAAUGGUUAAAGAGUUGCUACAAGAAAACAAAGAAAAUCGUGAAAAAAUUAAGAAUAUAAAGGAAGAAAACCAACAACUACGCAGAGACCUUGAAAAAUUGAAAGGCAGACUGGAAGAAAUGGAAAAUAAACUCGAAAGCAAGGACAAAGAAACAACCAAAAAUAAUAUUGUCAUAAGGGGAAUAAAAAUAGGACAGCCUGAUGCGAAUAAACAAAUAGAACAGCUAAUUAAAGAAAAACUCAAGCUAGAUAUUAAAAUAACAAACGUUCAAAAUAUUUCACUAAGGGAGAACAAACAACUGACAAUUGCUACAGUUGCUAACCUAACGGACAAAAAAGCAAUAUUGCGAGAAAAAAGGCAAUUGAAAGGAACACAUAUCUUUAUAGACGAAGACCUAAGUAAGAAUGAACGGAAAAUACAGAAAAUUAUACGUGACAGGGCUAACAUGGAAAGAAAACAAGGAAACAGAAUAAAGAUGGGGUACAAAAAGUUGUGGAUAAAUGGAGCACUGUGGAGAUGGAGAAAUGAGGGAGAGAAAUUGGAACGAAACGAGCAUACAAGCGCAAGUCCAAAUCCAAAAAACUGA